CCCAACUCAAAAAAUCUCUCGAAACUUACAAUGAACACAACGCGGAUUCUUCUCCCUAUCUGCAACCGGCUCAGGCUCCCCGCCGUCUGUAGCCUUCGCCUCGUCAAUCGCUUCCCUACAAUGAUUAGUCACCCAUUCUAUCCCUUCAAACGCCAGUAUCUACACCAGGUCCCAGCCGCAAUGAAUACUCCCGACAAUUAUCGACCUGAUGUCCUAUCAAAACGGGACCCUACCAUGGAAUCAUUCUUGAACAACGCCGACAACCUGGAACGACUCAUCCAAAUGGAUGGAUUCAAGACCUGGGGCUUCGUGAUUUAUCGCUGCACAUAUCAAAGUGACUCUGAUUGGGAAACGUUCAUGACUCGCUUCCUCUACCAUGUUAGGCAUUCUCUCGAUUUCUACAACGGUCUGGAUCUACUAGACAGCUUCGCCCCAACAGUCUUCGAAGAUAGAUCCUUUGAUGGCGCAACUACCGCUCUUGUACGCAAGCAUUUCCAAGAGUGGGCUGCGACGGCGCCACCAGUGGAGCAGCCUAUCGGCUACUCUGACUAUCCAGAAGCAGGCCGGUAUAAGUUUUUCCUUAUGGUGGACCAGGAGGCUUUAGAGUCGGUCCUGAGUGUACCUGAUCCGGAGGAGUGUGAUAGCGAUGGCUUUGUGCGCCUAGUCAACGGAUUUUGGGAACCGGAGGUACUGGACGCGGAUGAACUGGCAGAGCGUGGAGUAUCUAGCCAGUCGGAACUGGAGCAGGAGGAGCCUCUGGAAGGGCUUACCAUGCUGGAUGUCGGCUGGAUGAAAGUAUGUUAUAGUGACGCACAAACAUGAGGGUAUUUGAGUAUGCUUGACGGCUUUCGCUGGUUGACGUAUUACCAGCGUCCUCCACUUAUUCAGAAAUAUUUAUAGUGUGUAUGGGUGAGAAAUAUGAUGAUUGCGGCCACUUGGGAUGGGUGUCUUUGUUUUGAUAUGUUUUUAUCUUUAUUGGGAGCCCUUCUUUGGAUUGACAUACACUAUGUCCCUGUUCUUUCCCAAUGGUAUUUUGUAUUGACUGGGAGGAGUCAGAUACACAGCCCUAACACCAGUGUAAAGGGCAGAUGCAUGAUAAAGCGCAUGGUUAGUAAAUUGGAGUCCCUGCUUUCACUGUUGAGUGUUUUAUCAUCCAAGAUGAAGUCAAGGGGCUAUCCGAGCCCCAUUCCGCGGCCAAGGUGUAAUUAGGUAGUCUCACCUUAUCGGUCCC